CGCGAGUUACAUAUAAGAAUACGGACCCAAUAGACGAAUUUAUAAGUAGCAUUAUAAAUAAGUAAAACUUUAGCAUAAAUUCAUUUCAUUUCCGGUCCGUUAAAAUAAAUUAUUUUUCGGUCGCAAUUCCUAGAAUUAAAAUUACAAUUGAAAUAAAUUAAAACUAAUCAAUAAGCAAUAUUAAAAGAAAAAUGUUAAAUUAAUCAAUAAGCAAUAUUAAAAGAAAAAUGUUAAAUAAGCAUAAUUAUAUAAGUUUCAUUUUAACAAAAUAAAUUGAAUAAAGUCAGUUGGUAUUAAUCCAAGGCCAAGAACGGUUCUCCUCCAAAAAAAACUUGUGUUUAAUUUUUAAAAAAAAAAUCGGUUAAAUAAAAUCAAUAUAAAAUUGGCGCAGUCGGUAGGAUCCAAGUGUUAGUGAACAGGAUCCAGUGAUACGUACCUAAACGAAAAUAUAAUAAAAAAAAAUAAAAUUUAAAUCCUGCGAAUCCCACGGGACCCUCCAGGAUUAUAAAGUAAUAAAAAUAAAAAGUGCAGUGAAUAAUAAAAAAAUUAGACACCACUAAAAUAAAAAGUGCAGUGAAUAAUAAAUCUUUAUUAAACACCACUAAAAUAAACAGUGCAGUGAACAUUAAGGCAAGUCGACACCACUAGAAGAAACAAAUAGUGCAGUGAACACUCAAGCCAGUUGACACCACUAAUAAUAGUAAGAAACUUUAACCAGCAAAAUCAUACAUAAACACAAGAUAAAAAGGAACUCUGCGUUCGACCAAAGAAGGAUGGAACCAACUCAAGCAAUAGACACGUCAGUGCUAGAACAACUUGCAAGACGGGAGCAGCAAUUAGAACAGCUGCGUAGUGCAUACCUAGAACUACAACAACAACAACAGCAGCCACAACAAUUGCCACAACAACAUAAUCAGUUGGAUCGCAUUUUAAAGAAUGUGUCAUACUUACCAAUAUUUACGGGUGUUGGGGACAUCACCAUAAAUUCAUUUUUGAGCAGUGUGGAGUACUUGUUAUCAACGAUAGGAGAGGAAGGCCUAAAGAAGGAAGCUAUAAAGGCUAUCUACUACCGCAAUAUCCAAGGAGAAGCAAAGAACGUCGUAAUCAACGUACAUCAACCUGAUAAUUGGAUUAUUAUAAAGAAAACACUGAAGCUAAGGUAUAGACCAGACGUGGAGCCACACCAAAUCUACAGAAGGAUAAAUGAACUAAGAGUAAAUAAUGUAAGUGAGCUAGCUGUAGAAUUACAGAAUCUUAAGUAUAAGAGUGAUGAAUUAAGUAUUUAUUAUCAGGACGAUCAUUGCAUAGACUUGACUAAUGUGGAUAGUUUAUUAACGAACAUAGCAAAGGAAAUGACACAGGGAAUAUUAUUAGAUAAGAUAUACGAUGAACGGGAUUUAGGGACCAUAAUAGAUACAAUGACGAAAAGAAGAUACAAUAAUAAUAUGAAUAAUGAUAAUAAUAGGAAUACUAAUGGUAAUAUGAAUAAUAAUAACGAUAAUGGGAAUAAUAACAUUUCGGGACGAUACAGGAUCCAAAAUGAACUGGGAAACAACAAUAUCGUGGGACAAUUCCGACAAGCGGGAUAUCCCAGGCCUUAUUCUAACCAAGUUCGUUGGAACCCGAAUAGACAGAAACGAAUAGAACCCAUGGAAAUAGAUAAUAUAGAAGUGAAUGUUUGUAAUCCUCAAGUAGCGGGACACCCUAAUCGUAGGUUUGGCCAAGAUCGCUUAAACCUCGAUAGGCAAAGCCAGGAAGGAUUGGAAGUUAAUUAUUGUAAUCCUCAAGUAGCAGGACACCCUAAUCGUAGGUUUGGCCAAGAUCGCUUAAACCUCGAUAGGCAAAGCCGGGAAGGAUUAGAUAUUAACUAUGGUAACUCUCGAGUGGCAGGACACCCUAAUCACACAGUUAGCCAAGAUCGCUUAAUUGUUGAUAGGCAAAGCCCAGAGGGACCAAGAGGAAGUUAUGAAGAAGAAGAUAAUAACAUGUUUUUAUGA